AUGAGCUCCCUCUCACACUCCCUGUGCUAUUCCUACCUCCAUCUGUCAGAGCCCAGUCAGGGGCCGCCUCAGUCCUUCAUUGGGGGCUACUUGGAUGACCAGCCCAUCGCUCGCUUUGACAGCCACACCAGGAAGAUGGAGCCUCUGGUGUCCUGGGUGAAGGAGGUGGAGGAGGGGACCUUUCUGCCCUUUGAGUCGGUCUUCAGGGCCGACCUGGAGAAGUUAUCAAAACUGGGCCGCCGGGCUGGAGGGCUUCACACCCUGCAGGCGAUUUUGGGCUGCGAGAUCAAGAAAGAUGGGAACAAAGGAGGGUUUUUGCGCUAUGGCUACAACAGGUGGGAUAUCAUCAGCUUCCAGAAUGAGACCCUCAAAUGGGGAAAAGUAAAUGUCUUCCUGGAGAAGACCUGCAUUGUGUGGCUGCAGAGAUACCUGUCCUACCGGAAGGAUGCUCUAAAAAGGGCAGAGCCUCCAGUGGGGAAGGUGACUCGCAAGGAAGUAGAUGACAGCCUGGAGAUCCUCAUCUGCCAGGCCUCUGGCUUCUACCUGAAGGAGAUCCAGGCCACUUGGAUGAGGGACAAAGAGGUCUGGAACAACGAGACCCUGCAUAGGAACGUGGCCCCCAACUCAGACGGGACCUAUUAUGUCCGGCUCAGCACUAAAAUCAACCCCAAGGAGAGGCAGCAUUUUCGGUGUCGCCUGGAGCACGAGGGCUUGCAGGAGCCCCUGGUCUUGGCUUGGGAGGACAAAACAGCUACAAUGUGGUGGAUCCCUGUGGCAAUUGUGGCCGCCAUAAACGUGGGACUUUGGAUUCUCUUCCUGAGAGCACAAGGCAUCCUAUGGCAGCUGGAGGUCCCAGAAGGCUCCGGAAGCCGCUCUGCCAACAUGACACAGGCAAGAAAGGAAUCAGCCGUGGCUCAAAAGGUGGAGCUCCUGAGCAGGGCAGUUGGAGACGUCUGACCAGGACUGAAUAUCAGAAUCAGAAUGCAGCUGGAAGGGACC